AUGACUUGGAACAACAGCACCAUGGAUGGGGAAGGGUUGCUUGUGAAAAGGGAUCCCUGCUUCCGAAUCCUCACCGGCUGCUUUCUCUCUUUGCUCAUUCUCUCCACACUCCUAGGGAACACACUGGUCUGUGCAGCAGUAAUUAGGUUUCGCCACCUGAGGUCCAAGGUGACCAACUUCUUUGUGAUCUCUUUGGCAGUCUCAGACCUUUUGGUAGCAGUCCUGGUCAUGCCCUGGAAAGCUGUUGCAGAGAUAGCUGGAUUCUGGCCUUUUGGAUCAUUCUGUAACAUCUGGGUAGCAUUUGAUAUCAUGUGUUCUACAGCCUCAAUCUUAAAUCUCUGUGUCAUUAGCGUGGACAGAUACUGGGCCAUCUCCAGUCCAUUUAGGUAUGAGAGGAAAAUGACCCCCAAGGCAGCGUUCAUCAUGAUCAGCGUGGCAUGGACCUUGUCUGUGUUGAUCUCUUUCAUUCCAGUGCAGCUGAACUGGCACAAGGCUAAGACCACAAGCUUUUUAGACUUCAAUGCUAGCUUCCAAGGUGUAGCCAUGGACAACUGUGAUUCCAGUUUAAACAGGAUGUAUGCUAUCUCUUCCUCUCUCAUUAGCUUUUACAUCCCAGUAGCCAUCAUGAUAGUCACCUACACACGGAUAUACAGGAUUGCUCAAAAACAAAUAAGACGCAUUUCAGCCUUGGAAAGAGCAGCAGUCCAUGCUAAGAACUGCCAAACCACCACUGGCAAUGGAAACAGCAUGGAUAGCCAGCAGCCAGAAAGUUCCUUCAAAAUGUCCUUCAAGAGAGAAACUAAAGUCUUAAAGACUUUGUCGGUGAUAAUGGGGGUGUUUGUAUGCUGCUGGCUACCAUUUUUCAUAUUGAACUGCAUGGUCCCUUUCUGCGAGCCUGGUAUACCAUCCAGGGGAGCAGAACCCUUUUGUAUUAGUUCGACCACUUUUGAUGUUUUUGUUUGGUUUGGAUGGGCCAAUUCUUCACUGAACCCCAUCAUUUAUGCCUUUAAUGCAGAUUUCCGUAAGGCAUUUUCAACUCUCUUGGGAUGCUACAGACUCUGUCCUGCUUCCAGUAAUGCUAUAGAGACAGUUAGUAUCAACAACAAUGGGGGCGUAGCCUUUUCCAGUCAGCUUGAGCCCAGAGGAUCCAGCCCCAAAGAUUGUAAUUUGGUGUAUCUGAUCCCUCAUGCUGUGAUAUGCCCUGAAGAUGAUGACAUUAUGAAGAAGGAGGAGGGGGAACUAUCUAAAGCACUGGAGAAAAUGUCUCCAGCCCUAUCAGGUAUCUUGGAUUUUGAGGCUGAUGUUUCUUUGGAAAAGAUCAAUCCCAUCACACAAAAUGGUCAACAUAAAACCUGA